AUGACAUGCAAUCCAAACUGGAAAGAGAUCUCAACUCAAUUGUUACCACAUGAGGAAACCCAAAAUCGACCUAACUUAAUUGCUCGAAUCUUUAGAGCAAAAUUAGAGGAUCUGAAGUAUCAACUAUUCAAACGAGAAAUAUUUGGAAAAAUCUCAGCAUAUGUUUAUGUUAUUGAGCACCAAAAAAGAGGACUUCCACAUGUCCAUUUCCUAAUUAUAUUGCGUCAAGAUUGGAAAUUAUAUGCACCAGAAUCUUUUGAUGAGAUCGUAUCUGCUGAAUUACCUGACAAAGACAACAACUUACAUCUCUAUACAGCUGUUGUUAAGCAUAUGAUGCAUGGCCCGUGUGGAGUUCUAAAUCCAACAAAUGUAUGCAUGAAAAAAAAUAGCUGUUGCAAAAAUAAUUACCCAAAACAGUUUGUCUCAAACACUGUUGUUGGAAAUGAUUGCUUCCCAAUAUACAAACGCUGCAACAAUGGAAGAACAGCCAAAAUCAGAGGACAUGAUUUAGAUAAUCGUUGGGUUGUUCCAUAUAACCCUUAUUUACUUGCAAUGUUUGACUGCCAUAUUAAUGUUGAGAUAUGUUCUAUAAUAAAAGCUGUCAAGUAUUUCUACAAAUACAUUUAUAAAGGCCAUGAUCGUGUUGCCUUUAAUCUGGUUUCUGAACAAAGCACUCAACAGAUUGAUGAAAUUAAGCGAUUUCAAUCAGCUCAAUGGAUUGCUCCACCAGAGGCUAUGUGGAGAAUAUUUGGGUUUAUUAUCAAUGAGGUUCAUCCAGCUGUCUAUAGCUUAUAUUUACAUCUUGAAAAUCAACACCAGGUUACUUUCCAUGCACAUGAAAACUUAACAAAUGUGAUGAACUCUAACUUUUCAGCAAAAUCAAUGCUAACUGAAUUUUUCGCAACAAAUCAAGUUGAUCAGAAUGCCAGAAAAUUGUUGUAUAAAUAA